AUGAAUAACAAUUCAAUUGAUGACGUUCAAAAACCUCACUACCUUAAUUCGUCUUUGCGAGGUGAAGCUAAAGACCUUUUGAAACACAUACCUGUCACAGCAGGAAAUCUAGCGAUAGCCUGGGGACUUAUUACGCAGAGGUAUAAUAACCCAAAAAUAAUUGCAGCCAGACAUACUAAGGCUUUGUUGGCCUUGCCUACAGUCGGCCAUGGCGCAGCGAGCGAUUAUAGGCAACUAAUUAAUCACGUAUGCAGCCAUUUGAAGGCCUUAGAAGCUCUCAAACCUGAUGUUCCACUUCAUGAAGUUAUUCUUUCGGAAGAUAUUCUGUCCAGUAUGCGACCCACAGAUCGUCAUGAGUGGGAGGUAAAGAUGUCUGGGUCAACAUUCACCACAUUAAAUCAACUAAUAGAUUUUUUGGAAACAAAAUGUCAGGCCCUUGAGUUGAUCAGGUUCAGGAAUAACACCUCAAGGGAUUCGCAAGGAAAUACCAACAAUUUAAAUCAAACAAGACAUGUGAGGAGGGCUCAUCUCGCUAAUGCUGAUGCUGAGGAAUCAUGUAAUUUUUGCAGUGAAUCUCAUACUAUCACUAAAUGCAAAAGGUUUCAGGCACUAAAUGUCGAUGAGCGGCGGGCAUAUGUGACAAAAAAUAAGCUUUGCUUUUUGUGCAUCCGCUCUGGUCAUUUCUCGACUAAAUGCAGGAUUUCUCCUUGUAAGACCUGUAAAGGAAGGCAUAACAUACUGCUCCACAAGCCUGCUGAACCAAGGAAUGGGCAGAAUAGUGAACCAGGAGGCCAUUCCUUGGCCCAUCAAGCUACGAACGGGAAGGCAAACAUCCACUGUAAUGUUUUGUUAGCAACAGCUGUUGUCAACAUUAAAGACAGCAUGGGUAGACAGCAGGUUUGCAGAGUUCUGCUAGAUAGUGCGAGUCAGCUGUCCUUUAUAUCUAAGGGCAUGGCAGAGAAAUUAAAACUGAAACGAAGUAAACAUUCGUUUCCAGUGAAGGGUAUAAACAAUGCCUUUGCAGCCUCAGUGUCUUACACUUGUGAUGUUGAACUGUCGUCUAGGCUCAACGACUUUCAUAUCAGAACCACUUGUGCUAUCGUAGAUCAUGUCACCAGUGACCUACCGACGAGUAAGAUAGACACAAGGUCCUGGAGUGUCUCAUGUAAUCUUCCGCUCGCUGAUCCAGAAUUCAACAAGCCUGUCACAGUAGAUUUAAUUCUUGGUGCUGAGGUUUUCUUUGACGUUGUUUGUAAGGAAAGGCUGGUGAAACCAAGUCAUCCUUCACUGGUAGAAACAAGAUUUGGCUGGAUUUUGUCUGGUAGGAUGCCUUCAGCAGCAUGCAACAUGCCUCCUUCUACAGUGACCUCGUGCUUUGUUAGAGGUGACAAUUUAGAUGCCAAACUGCAAAGGUUUUGGGAGUUAGAGGAAAUGUCUACGAAAACGAUGAGUAGGCAGGAUAAAAUAUGUGAGGCUCACUUUCAGCGCCACACCGCACGAGAUGAAGAAGGGAGAUUUGUGGUUCGACUACCAGUGAAACCUGACUUUAAAUGA